AUGAUCCUAAUUUUUCCCGGCUUUGACGAAGGCGAUAACGCCGAAAGUUGUUUUGUUUUCCCCAUUUAUACGAGUAACAUCCAUUUUAUACAAGCUAACGAUUGGAAUGUGAUGAGUGACGGCGUAUGCGAAAUAUCGAUUGAUCUUCCACAUUGGGUUCCUGCAGCGAUUGCCUUCGGCUUGGCAAUUAUCAUUGCAAUUGCAGUGUGUAUUGCAUACGUGGCUCGCGAGAUGGAAAGACACAAGACAUUCUAUGGACGAGAGGACAAACUAUCCUCCAGGGAAGAACAUGCUGACGCUAAGAAAAAAGAGGAAAUGGAUGCGUACGCUUUGGGUCGAUGCAGUCAUGAGGUUCUUGUCAUUAAAAGUCCACCGCAAGCAACGCCUGGAGCUGUUCCUGGAACGGCUCCGAGUGGAGUCAAGGUGAUGUUAAGGAAGAAGAAAGUCAUCACUAAAACUCCCAGCAGACCGCUUCCCAUAUCAAUUCCGACCAGUCUGGAACCAGAAUCUCCAAAUAUACUUAGCUUCACUGUAGUUUACGAUAAGACAGGAAGAGCAUUCGAGCUUAUCGACUUAAUACGAAAGGAACCUCCAGUAGUAGGGUCCCGUUCAAAACGAGUGGAUUGGCUAUUACAUGAAAUAAAAUGUCGACUAGAAACGAUGACUGAUCAUCAUUACAUAGUUUACGGAUGUAUGGAUCAGAUAUGGAUAGUGAAAGGUUUGGAAAAUUUACAAGAAAAUGUAGAGGGGACUAGUCUGGAGAUGCGACUCAAUGUGGAUGCGUUGGAUUUGAAAAUAUUAGCAUACAAGAUUCAAGCAAUUUCUGCUGAACAAGCGAUGUUGUUAUCGAGGAGAGGAAGAACCUCCGAGCUGCUGCGACCGGAACCCACUCAAGUGACUCCAUCUCGGUGGGUGGUGCCCAGAGGUGCUGAAGCAACACCACGAGUAGCUACCGUACCUCAAUCGCGGAAGAGAAGCGCCGAGGGGAUUGAACAGGAUCGACGUAGCAAAGAAAUGCUACUACAUGCAGCAAAAACACUUCGACAAGCAAUUCAUUCAUCACCUACAGAACCUGCUCCAGGAUCAUCAUUCUCAUCACAUAACCCAACACUUGGUGCCACAGAUAAAAAAUCGUUAACUCGUCGUUCACAAAAUGGUCUACAAAAACGACCAAAAUCAAAUAAAGCAGGGAGUUCGAUGAGUGGUACAGGUAUGAGCCAUCCGAAGAGCAGAGAAAAGGCAUAUAUGCAAAGAGCAAUUGUUGAUUUGACCCCUACUAAAAUUGCUAGCAAGGACUCCCCGAAUCAUCCUAUGAGUUCCGGUCACAAACGUUCACCGAUGACAGGAGUCGAAAGAAGUCAUGGUGUAGAACAAGAAGAGGGCAAGUUAAGUGAAGCAAUCACACAAACAACGCUAAGGAAAACUUUAACGAGCAAAGAAAAACGACCUAAUGAAGGAACAAAUGCGACGAUUAAGAUUUAA